AUGUCUGAUGACGGAGCCCCUCCGGAGCCCGUGCUUGAAGUUCCACCUCCAACCGAAAUCAAGAUUCUAGAGACUGCGGAGGAUAUACAGCAUCGACGUCAAGAAGUACUUGGACAUUAUGCGCAGUUCAAAGAGCAUGCAAAGAAUAAGAGAGACCGCCUCGAAGAGGCACGACAGUACCAGUACUUCAAACGAGAUGCAGACGAACUUGAAAUCUGGAUUCUCGAAAAACUACAGACGGCUCAGGAGGAGUCAUUCAAAGAUCCUACCAAUCUCCAAGCCAAAAUCCAGAAGCAUGAAGCUUUCGAGGCAGAGGUACAGGCACAUGCAAAAACCAUCAGCAAUUUGGACAAGACGGGAAAUGGUAUGAUUGCGCAUGGACAUUUUGCUAGUGAAGUCAUCAAGAAACGCCUCGAAGAACUUCAUGCACUUUGGGACAAGCUUUUCUUCAAGCUGAAAGACAAGGGUAUUAAGCUGCAACAGGCACUUAAACUGCUCCAGUUUAUUCGACAAUGCGAUGAAGUGCUUUACUGGAUUAGAGACAAAGAAGCUUAUGUUACUGCCGAAGAUAUGGGUAUGGAUUUGGAGCACGUAGAAGUGCUUCAGCGUAAAUUUGAGGAUUUUCUGAAAGAACUUGGAAAUCAUCACUACCGUAUUAAUGAGAUCAAUCAGGCUGCGGAUAAACUGGUCGAGGAUGGGCAUACCGAACAUGAUCAGAUUUACAAGAAACGGGAUGAAGUAAACGAAGCAUGGCAUCGUCUAAAUACCCUUGCUGCAACUAGGAAGGAGUCCCUCUUUGGAGCACAUCAGGUGCAACGUUUCAACCGUGAUGCCGACGAGACGCUUGCAUGGAUCGCUGAAAAGGAUGCUACCUUGUCAAGUGAUGACUACGGCCGUGAUCUCAAUAAUGUUCAAGCUCUGCAACGAAAGCAUGAAGGUACUGAACGAGAUCUGGCUGCUUUGGAAGGGAAAAUGCAGCAGUUAGAGAAGGAGUCUGCUCGAUUGUCCGAAACUCACCCGGAUCGAGCCGACGCCAUUGAUGCCAAAAUGCGCGAAGCAAAAGGACAGUGGAAUGCUUUGAAGAGAAAGGCCCAAGCGAGAAAGGAAGGCUUGGAUCGUAGUCUGCAACUGCACCGUUUCCUUGCUGACUACAGGGAUCUAUGUUCUUGGAUCAAUGACAUGAAAGCUGUAAUUUCUGCGGAUGAGCUAGCAAAAGAUGUUGCUGGAGCUGAAGCACUUCUCGAAAGUCAUCAGGAACACAAAGGAGAAAUUGAUGCCAGAGAAGACAGUUUCAACCAAACUGCUGUUUCUGGACAAGGUCUCUUGGAUAUGGGAAUUCCGGAAAGUGAUGAAGUUCGUCAAAAAUUGGAACACUUAGCCUACGAAAAAGCUGCUCUGCUUGCUCUAUGGGAAGAGAGACGUAUUCUUUACGAGCAAUGUAUGGACCUUCAACUAUUUUAUCGUGAUACGGAACAAGCUGAAACAUGGAUGAACAAGCAGGAAGCCUUCCUUGCAAACCAGGACCUUGGAGAUUCUCUCGAUGCAGUUGAAUCGCUCAUCAAAAAGCAUCAAGAUUUCGAGAAAUCCUUGGCUGCACAGGAAGAGAAAAUCAAUGCUUUGGAUGAGUUCGCCACGAAGCUGAUACAGGGUCAACACUAUGCAGCCGACGACGUGUCAAGAAGACGUCAUGCACUGCUAGAUCGUCGUCGUCGUCUUAUGGAUCGGGCUGCUGACCGUGCACGCCAACUUCAUGAGAACUACAAGAAGCAAACAUUCAAUCGUGACUGCGACGAGAUGGAGAGUUGGAUCAAGGAGAAGCUGAAAACAGCUAAGGAUGACUCAUACCUUGAUCCAACCAACAUUCGUGGAAAACUACAGAAGCACACAAACUUCGAGCAAGAGCUCAAGGCAAAUCGCAAUCGUCUGGAUGAGAUCAACGACACUGGUGCACAAAUAAUAGAAAGCGGCCAUCCAGAAGCUGAUGAUGUGCGCCGCCGUCUGCAGGAUGUUGAUGAACUAUGGAACGAACUAGUCGACGCGACCAACAAGAAGGGAGCAAAACUUCGCGAAGCUGGCGAUGAGCAGCAGUUCAAUCGUAACAUUGAGGAUGUGGAGCUGUGGCUGAGCGAGCUGGAAGGUCAAGUUGCCUCGGAGGAUUAUGGGAAAGAUCUUGUUUCCGUCCAGAACUUGCAAAAGAAAAUUGCGCUGCUUGAAAGUGACUAUCUGGCUCAUCAAGACCGCGUCGAUGGAAUUGGUGGAUUGGCCAAGAAGUUUGCUGAUGAGGAGCACUUUAACGCUCCAGUUAUUCUUCGCAAACAGGAAGCUUUGCAAACAAGAUUCAUGAACUUGCGCGAUCCUCUUGAGAAACGCAAGAACAAGCUGGGUGAAUCUCUCCAAGGUAAUCAACUCUUCAGAGACAUCGAGGAUGAACUGGCGUGGAUAAGAGAGAAAGAGCAGGUGGCUGGCUCCACUAAUCGCGGUCGUGACCUUAUUGGUGUCCAGAAUCUCAUCAAGAAACAGCAAGCUCUGAUUGCUGAGAUCGCGAAUCAUGAGAGCCAAAUUGAUGCGGUUUGCAAAGCAGCCGAGGAUAUGAUCCAGCAGGGUCAUUUCCUUGCUCCGGAAAUUCGCGAUAAGCUCGCUCAGCUCCGUGAUAACUGGAGAAUCCUUAAGACGAAGGCUGAGAAACGCCGUCUUGAAUUGGAUGAUUCGCUCCAAGCUCACCAAUAUCUUGCUGAUGCUAACGAAGCUGAGUCGUGGAUGGCUGAAAAGGAGCCAGUUGUUGGUUCAACCGACUAUGGAAAAGACGAAGAUUCAGCUGAGGCUCUUCUGAAGAAGCAUCGUGCUCUUAUGUCCGACCUUGAUGCUUUUAAAGGAACCAUUGAUGACCUGAGAAAGCAAGCUGCCCAGUGCAAAUACCAGGAGCAGCCUGUUGGACAGCUUGGUCGUGAUUGUGUUCUGGCCCUCUAUGAUUACCAGGAAAAAUCACCCAGGGAAGUAUCGAUGAAGAAGGGUGACGUGUUGACCCUGCUAAAUGCAUCGAAUAAGGAUUGGUGGAAGGUCGAGGUGAACGACCGCCAAGGUUUUGUACCGGCUGCUUAUGUGAAGCGUAUUGAACCUGGAACUGCUCAUCAGCAUAGUCAGCAACAGGUGAACUCUAUUGGAGGGAAGCAGAAUGAAAUUGAGGAUAAGUAUCAAAAGCUAAUGAUGCUAGGUGAAACUCGCAAGAGGAAACUCGAGGAAGCCUGCAAAGGAUACCAACUUCUCAGAGAAGCCAAUGAUCUGGCUGAAUGGAUCAAGAGCAGGGAGGCUGUUGCGGCUCAGCAAGAGAUCGGUACUGAUCUUGAGCAGGUGGAGGUGUUGCAGAAGAAGUUCGACGACUUUAAGGGUGACCUUAAAGCCAAUGAGGUUCGUCUCCAGGAAAUGAAUCAGAUUGCUACUGCCCUCACAUCCGUUGGACAGACAGAGACUGCCGUACGCAUUCGCCAGCAAAUUGAAGAUCUCAAUGCUAGAUGGCGCGCACUCGAAGAGCAAACGGAACAGCGUGAGCAGCAACUCGGCUCUGCUCACGAAGUACAGAGGUUCCACCGUGACGUAGAUGAGACCAGAGAUUGGAUCCAGGAGAAGGACGAUGCGCUGGAUUCGGACGAUUUCGGACGGGAUCUCCGCUCUGUGCAAGCUCUCCAACGCAAACAUGAAGGUGUUGAGAGGGACCUGGCUGCACUGGGCGACAAGAUCAAGAGUCUGGAUGAGAAGGCAAAUCGUCUUCGCCAAAGUCAUCCUGAAGCCGCUGAGCAAAUCUAUGAUCUGCAACGUGAGCUCAAUGAGCAAUGGAACAGGCUUACAGCCAAGGCGAACAACCGCAAGGAGAAACUUCUUGACUCGUACGACUAUCAGCGUUUCUUGUCUGAUUAUCGUGAUCUCAUGCAAUGGAUCUCGGCCAUGAACCAGCUAGUAAGCAGCCAGGAGCUUGCAAAUGAUGUUACUGGUGCUGAAGCCUUGCUGGAAAGACACCAGGAAUAUCGUACAGAGAUCGACUCGCGCGCCGCAACCUUCCACGCUUUUGAGCAGUUCGGAAACCAACUUCUGAACAAUAAUCAUUAUGCAAGUGAAGACAUUGCUAAGCGCUUGAGCGACGUGAAUGCUGCCCGCCAAGGACUUGAGGAUGCCUGGGUUGCUCGUCGCAAUGUUCUUGAUCAGUGUCUUGAGCUACAGUUGUUCUACAGAGAUUGUGAACAGGCUGACACAUGGAUGUCCGCACGUGAAAACUUCCUUGCCCAAGAAGAUCCAACUGGUGACAAUGUGGAGUCGCUGAUCAAGAAGCACGAAGAUUUCGACAAGGCCAUCAACAGCCAGCAAGAGAAAAUUGCUGGUUUGCAGCAAUUCGCUAAUCAACUCAUCAACAGCAACCAUUACGACAAGGAUGCGGUCGCACGUAAGCGUGACAUGAUCCUAGACAGAUGGGAGCGUCUGAAGGCUGCUCUGAUUGAGAAGAGAAGCAAACUCGGAGAAAGCCAGACACUGCAGCAAUUCAGUCGUGACGCUGAUGAGAUUGAGAACUGGAUCGCCGAGAAGUUCCAGGUUGCUCAAGAGGAGAAUUACCGUGAUCCGACUAACAUCCAACAAAAGCAUCAGAAGCAACAAGCGUUCGAGGCUGAGUUGGCUGCUAAUGCCGACCGUAUUGCUACUUUGAUUACCGCUGGACAGAAUCUCAUUGAUGGAGCAAAGUGCGCCGGAGGCGAAGAUGCAGUCAGCGCUCGCCUGAAGGCAUUGAAUGAUCAGUGGGAGCUGCUCGUAAAAACUACCACAGAGAAGAGUUACAGACUCAAAGAGGCGAACAAGCAAAAGAGCUUCAUGGCUGCUGUCAAGGAUCUAGAAUUCUGGCUCGGUGAAGUGGAAAUUCUCUUACAGUCUGAUGACUAUGGAAAAGACCUGGCUUCUAUUGAAAAUCUGCUCAAAAAACACCAACUUUUGGAGGCCGAUAUCAUGGCCCACCAGGAUCGUGUGCAAGAGAUGAACCAACAAGCUGACUCACUUCUGGAGAGAGAUCAGUUCGCUGGGCAACAAAUUGCUGAACGUCGUAAGGUUAUCGCCGAUCGCUAUGAGCGUGUGAAGGAAAUGGCUAACGAUCGCCGCGAUAAGCUAAACAAAGCCUUGAAUGUUCACCAAUUCUUCCGUGACAUUGAUGAUGAGGAGUCAUGGAUCAAAGAGAAGAAACUUCUUGUGUCAUCUGAUGACUAUGGUCGUGAUCUGCCUGGAGUACAAAAUCUUCGCCGAAAACACCGCCGUCUGGAUACCGAACUUGCUAGCCAUGAGCCUCUUGUGUCCCAAGUUCGCCAGAAGGGUGAGGAAUUGUUGCGUUCGACUGGAAUCGCUGGCGAUGAGAUCCAGAGAAGAAUGGCUGAUCUGGAACGCAGCUGGGGACAAAUCCGCGACUUAACUGGUAGCCGCCACCAAAAGUUGAACGAGUCCGAGGACUUCCAGGAAUUCCUUGGUAAGAUUGAGGAAGAAGAAGCCUGGAUGAACGAAAAGCAGCAAAUCCUUGGAUCUGAUAACUAUGGUGAUAACAUGGCUGGUGUACAAGGACUUCUUAAAAAGCACGAUACAUUCGAAGUGGACCUACAACUCCAUAAACAACGUGUCGAUGAUUUGAUUCGCCAGGGUCAACAGCUUAUCGACUCCGGCAACCACCACGGCCCUCGCAUCAAAGACCGCUGUGACCAGCUCCUGAACCGUCUGCGCGAAAUUCAGGAUAUGGCCGGACGACGCCUCCAGAAACUUCGCGACAACUCCGCCUACUUGCAGUUUAUGUGGAAAUGCGAUGUAGUCGAAAGCUGGAUUGCUGAGAAGGAACAACAGGUUCGGUCUGACGACUACGGUAGGGAUCUGUCUUCAGUACAGAUUCUCUUGACCAAACAGGAAGCUUUCGAUGCUGGACUGAAUGCUUUCGAGCAUGAGGGAAUUCAAAGAAUUACCGAGCUAAAAGAUCAACUUGUGAGCAGCAACCAUCAUCAAUCCCCGGCCAUCCAGAAACGUCACGCCAAUGUGAUAACACGAUGGCAACAACUUCUUGCCCAUUCUGAAGGGCGUCGUCAGAAACUACUGAAAAUGCAGGAGCAGUAUAAACAAAUUGAGGAACUGUACUUGGCAUUCGCCAAGAAAGCCUCUACCUUCAAUUCAUGGUUCGAGAAUGCAGAGGAAGACUUGACAGAUCCCGUUAGGUGCAAUUCAUUAGAGGAAAUUCGAGCUCUCCGAGAAGCUCAUGCUGAAUUCCAGCGCUCAUUGAGCUCCGCUGAAGAGGACUUCCGACAGCUGCAGGCUCUAGAUAGACAAAUCAAGUCAUUCAAUGUUGGUCCUAAUCCGUACACCUGGUUCACUAUGGACGCACUCGAGGAUACGUGGCGUAACCUGCAGAGAAUAAUCAAGGAUCGUGAAGUUGAGCUGCAAAAGGAGAACGCCCGUCAAGAGGAGAAUGACCGAUUGCGUCGAGAUUUCGCCAAACUCGCCAAUGUAUUCCACAACUGGUUGACGCAAACCCGGCAGGAAAUGAUGGAAGCCAGUGGUUCCCUAGAGGAGCAGUUAGAAGUGCUCAAACGAAAGGCUGGUGAAAUUCGAGCGAACAAAACACAAUUGCGAAAGAUUGAGGAACAGGGCGCGAUGUUAGAGAGGAAUUUGAUUCUGGAUAAUAGGUACACUGAGCACUCGACUGUAGGAUUAGCCCAAGCUUGGGAUCAACUGGAUCACUUGGCAAUGCGAAUGCAGCAUAACUUGGAACAGCAGAUACAAGCACGCAAUCAAUCAGGCGUCACGGAAGAGGCACUGCGCGAAUUCUCGAUGAUGUUCAAGCACUUCGACAAGGAGAAAUGUGGACGUUUGGAUCACCAACAAUUCAAGAGCUGUCUUCGAGCGCUCGGCUACGAUCUUCCGAUGGUGGAUGAGGGCCAGCCGGAGCCAGAGUUCAACCGUAUCCUGGAUAUUGUUGAUCCGAAUCGUGACGGUUAUGUGACGCUACAAGAUUACAUGGCGUUCAUGAUUAGCAAGGAAACCGAAAAUAUCCAGUCAUCAGAGGAGAUCGAGAUGGCUUUCCGUGCACUAUCCAAAGAAUUCCGUCCAUAUGUCACUGCCGAAGAGCUUUACGCGAACCUCACCACAGAGCAAGCCGAGUAUUGUAUCAAGAGGAUGAAGCCAUACACGGAUGCUAUUUCUGGUCGUUCCAUCCAAGGUGGCCUCGACUACGAACAAUUCGUUCACGCGCUCUUCCAAAGCUAA